AUGGAUGAUGAUCUGGAGGAUGAUUUUGAGCCCCUUGGAUCGGAAGAUGAUCCCUUGGACGCGGACAACUUCGAUGCAGUUGAUUACAUCAACCGGCAGUUUCCCAAUCAGGAGUCCCUAGACGGCCUCAGCGGCUUCAUCGGGCAGCUGCGGCAGCAGGAGAAGCAGAUCGAAGACGGCAUCCGGGGCGCCAUUCGGAGGCAGGCGGCCAACGGCCGCCGGGCCCAGGCCGACCUCAGCGAUGCCAAGCUCGCGGUCCGGGAGCUUUUUGAGCGGAUCAAAGCCAUACGCUCAAAGGCCGAGCAGUCCGAGGAGCUUGUCAGCGAUGUGUGCCGGGACAUCAAGUCCCUGGACAUCGCCAAGCGCAACCUGACGCUCACCGUGACCGCCUUGAAGCGGCUGGUGAUGCUCAUCACCGCCCUGGAGCAGCUGCGCUCCACCGCGGAGUGCAGGCAUUAUGAGCAGGCGGCGAGCCUCAUCCACGCGGUCGAGGAGCUCUCGGGCCACUUCCAGGACCUGUCGCACGUGGCGAGGGUCGCCGACCUUCUAGAGCGGAAGGCGGCCGUCCUAGGCGACUUGAAGCAGCAGAUUUUAGAUGACUACAUGUGCCUCCACGGUGGCAUCGGCAGCGCCACGAGGCAAGAGAGCUUGCCGGAGGGCUGGGGGGCUGCAGCGGCCAAGUGUGUGGAUGCCCUUGGCCCUGUUAUGAAGAGGGAAGUGGUCACCCAGUUCUGCCUACGGCUCUUAGAAGGGUACAAGGACAUCUUCCAGCCGCCCAAGGAGGCCUCGGGCUUGGAGACAGCGGAGAGGCGCUUCGCGUGGCUGAAGCGGACCCUGCGGGAGUUUGACGACAAGUACAGGUCCCAGUUUCCGGAGUCUUGGCGCGUCCCCUGUGGCUUGUGCGAUCUGUUUUGCCAUGUGACGCGCCAGCAUCUGGUGGAGAUCUUGGACACCUCCCACCACACGGUGGACCCCGAGCUCAUGGUCCGGGUGCUGCUCAAGUCCAUCGACUUCGAGAACGAGCUUGCGCGCAAGUGGUCUGUGGACGAGGUCCACGAGGAGGGCGUUAUGCCUGCCCAGCUUCCCCUGAAGUACCCGGACGUGCUGUCCAGCAAGGCGGGGGGCUCUGGGAAGGCCGAGCCCUCCAAGCCCAAGGAGGCGGAGUUUGCUCCUCGCUUCAAGGGCAUCAUCAGCGAGUGCUUCGACGCCUACUUGAGCACCUGGGUCAAGCAUGAGGAGAAGCAGCUGGUGGAGGUGCUUCAGAGCUUGACCUCUGCAGACAAGAUGGUGGGCCACGAGGAGGACAACGAGGAGGACGAGGACGACUCUUUGGAGCCGAGGUACCUCUACAAGUCCGCCCCGGAGCUCUUCGCAUCCAUGAAGGGCAGCAUGAACAAAUGCGCAGGCUUCUCUACCCACAAUACGCUCUUCGACAUCUUCCAGGUCUUCAGGAAGAUCAUGGCGCAGUAUGCCGGGAAGCUUUCUGGCCUACUCCCCAGCAGCGGCUCGAAGACCUGUCUGGAUGUUGCUGGGGUCCAGGCCGUCUGCUGCGCGAUCGGCACGGCGGAGUACUGCGACGAGACGCUGCCGCAGCUGGAGGAGUCCUUGCUGAAGGUCAUCAGCACUGACUUCCAGGACCGCAUUGGCUUCCACGAGGAGCAGGAGAUCCUGCGGAACCUCGUCAACCGCGCGAACGACGCGCUCGUGGAGUCUGUGAGCUGCAGCCUGGAUGGAGCAUUCAGCGGCAUGACCCGCACCAACUGGGCGGCCUUCUCGCAGGAUGUGGGAGACCAUAGCGCUUUCGUUGGGGACAUCAGCGAACGACUGCCGAAGCAGUUUGAACCUAUCGCUCGACACCUCUCCAAGAUUCAUUACCGCUUCUUUUGCGACAAGUUCGUCCAGUCCUUCGUGGCACGGUUUGUGGCAGAGGUCCACAAAUGCCGAAAGAUCAGCGAAAAGGGGGCCCAGCAGCUUCUGCUGGAUACUGCACUGAUCAAGACCACUCUGCUGGAAGCACCUGUGAUCGCGGGGCAGGGCCGUUCAGUGCCCACAGCCUACAGCAACUACGUGUUGCGCCUCAUCUGCACUUUUUGGCUCUAUCUGAACGUACACAUACUGUACCCAAAAGAGGUGUGCGUUUCACAAGCCCUUGGCUUCAGCAGAGUUCUUACUAGGCCCCCGCAAGUUAAGUUGCCCCCGUAUGGCUACAUCAAGGCAAAGCCCAUGGGCCUUUGUAUGUAUCUCGACUUCAGACUGUCAAACCCUAAGCCCGAAACCCCAAACUCUGCACCCUUUGAGCAUCUUUGA